AUGUCGCCAUCGUAUUGGUGGCCUGAUGAGGCGGACGAUUCGCUGCCUCAUUGGAGAGACCAUGUGGACGAGAUGCCGUUGUUGCCUAAUUCACGACCUCGUGCCCUCACACCGCUAGGCUUCCAGGACGAAGAUCCUAGUGAAAUUAUUGAGAGGCCUGUUCCGCUAUUCCAGAAGUCUCCAUGGUUCAAUCUUCCUCCCAAUAUUCGGCGGGAUAUUCUGCGACUGGCCUUCGGUGAUCGUCGUCUUCACAUGAGCUUAGCCUUUAGAGAGAAAUAUACAUCUGAUGACGAGAAGGUUGAGUCUUGGCAGUGGUUCGGUGGCAUUUGCCAUCGGGGAAAGACGCUCAGGCCUCGAGACAUAGCUGGGGGGCAGCAAAGGUUUUGGGAAGAUGAUUGUAAACAUGGGGAUGCCGAGCCCCGCAAUACUGGUGUAAUGAGCUGGCUGCUCUCGUGUCGACAGAAUUAUGCUGAGAUGAUUGACCUCCUGUACUCGAGCAACACGAUUGCCAUGUCUGGCGAAGCAAUGAUGUCGCAUAUCGGGCAACUGGUGCUGCCUAAGAGGCUUGCUGCAGUCACGUCUCUCGAAAUCAGGUGGCCUCUUCAGAGAGAAAACGAGCCUUGUGCUGGGCACCACGACGUGCACACAAACGCAAUACGCAGGAUGCUCCAUCCAUACCAGCUAGAUGUUGGUCAUAUGAGCGUUGUUCUGGAUACGCUGUCAGUUACAAACUUCCCCAAUCUCCGGAGACUUUGCAUAUCAUUUGAGAAGGAGUACAAUGAGCGUCGUAUCUCCAAUCCUGAAGCGCACGAUAUAAUUGUCAACAAUCUGUUACAGUUUGUCAUGAGCAGACCCAAGUUCAAAGAGUGCGCCUUUGCGCUACCAGAGAAAGUUUUCCGUACCAUCAUUAAAGAUAUUCCACAUGUGGACCUGGAUUCGAGGGAGCCUCCAAGAUCUUGGUGCAAGCACGUCUGGUGCGCUUCCGAUGGGAACCUGCAUAGGCUGAAUGCCCCCUUCAUUAACACCUAUCCCGCUCCUCCGCCUUAUUUAGAUGUCAGAGAAGAUACUGGCUACUGGUUGUUAAGAAUAGACUGA